AUGUCCGCCUGCGAUAUGGAAUCUGUGCUGGCACAGAUCACCUCGUCGUCGACUCACCCAGCCAUCACGAACAUCAUUCCCUCGCAGAUAAUGCGCUCGCCGCGAGGCCUCCAGUUCUUCUACGCGCGAGCUCGCGGGAACACAGAAGUAACGUUCGACGAUCGGGACAUCAACCAGCUCCGUUUCUACCGCGAUGACAGGACACCGAAUGCCCACCUUCCCCCUGACCACGCCGCCAUCGCGCAUACUUACCUCAACGACCUGGUCAUGGCGGUGACGCUGGCAUUCGAGCCUCGACCGGACGAAACAGAAGGCGACUGCGAGCCUUUGUCUCACGAUCGGAUCCAUUGGAGCCAACCGGGAAUCCGCAGCAAAGUCGUGAUGAACGAAAAAAAUCUCCACCGACUGGAUUUGAUGCAGACUCUUGGCCCUGCGGUGUUGAAACAGUGGGUGAUCAUGGCGACCACGUUAUGCCACGAACUCAGCCAUGCGUUCAAUAUGGCGUUCGAAGGCCAAGAAGACCAUGAAAUGUUCUUCGAAGACGACACAUUCUGCGAACUCGGGCAUGCGUUUGAAAAGUUCGUUAUCGGUGGGCAGGUGCUUGUUGAGCGCGGGCCGGCUGGAGAGGCGAUGUUGGUGAUGCGUGAGUGGUCAUCGAGUCAUAUGAGCAAGGUCUACGCCGCUGGUGGGACUUAUGUUCCAACGGUCAGUAGGGCCAGUGAACCGGAUCCGUUAGACAUGACUGUGGUCCAGGACAGCUGGACGGAGCGGUUGUUCAAUGAUGAGCGAUUUUGGGACGAAACGCUCGUCCGUGAUGGCGGGCAGUCACUGCAGAUACCGGUGGCCGCCUUUGCCAGACGAGAAAGGGUAGAUUAUUCUACGAAGCUGGCAGCCGGCCGAACUAGAAACGCAGGAGCUUCGGCCGGCUCAGCAAACGUGCACGAGAUGCGCUGCGCUCGUCGAACUCGCAAGGAGUUCUAG